AUAUUCUGCACUAUAGUGAAGAUGUCUGGAAGAGGAAAGACCGGCGGUAAAGCCCGUGCUAAGGCAAAGACUCGCUCCUCCAGGGCCGGGCUGCAGUUUCCAGUCGGCCGUGUCCACAGGCUGCUGCGGAAGGGAAACUAUGCCCAGCGUGUCGGCGCUGGAGCCCCGGUCUAUCUGGCCGCUGUGCUCGAGUACCUGACUGCUGAAAUCCUGGAGCUGGCCGGGAACGCCGCCCGGGACAACAAGAAAACCCGAAUCAUCCCGCGUCACCUGCAGCUCGCUGUGCGCAACGACGAGGAGCUCAACAAGCUGAUGGGAGGCGUGACCAUCGCUCAGGGCGGAGUGCUGCCCAACAUCCAGGCCGUGCUGCUGCCCAAGAAAACCGAGAAGCCAGCCAAGAAGUAAAUCACUCGGACGCCGCUUUUAGAUCUUAUAAACCCCCAAAGGCUCUUUUCAGAGCCACCCACUUUAUAUAAAAGCGCAUCGAAUCUGUUUUUGUUUAUUGUCUGACUAAAACCAGAGAAUUGCAGCGAUAUCAAACACAGGCCUUACCUCAGCGGGUGUGCUUGAUGUGGGUAAUGCCAAGUUCCUUCAAACAAAACAGUGCGACACAGGAACACUGUACUGGUUUACUUUGUUUGCCACGGCGCACCAAUGAAAUAAACUUCCAGCUGGCAAUAAACACAACGGUUUAAACAUGUGUUUUAUUUUUUAUAGCGGAUACGUCACUAAAUCUUAUUAGAAUUGUCCAAUCAGGAACUUAUGGUUAUGCGUCUAACUUGGUUAUUUUGUUUAUUGUUACUUUUCAAAAAAAAAAAAAAAAAAAAAGGGGGGGGGGGUUGCUUCAGUCAUAUCCCGUGUGCAACUAAGCAAAGUGCUGCCUGCGUUUAAUCACCAGCGAUUGAAAAAUGAAAGCAUUACUCAACGAAAAGGAACAACUUGGUUUGUAAGACAGAAGUGAAAUUAACAUACUAGUCGUUUCUUAUUCGUUCAUGGCGUGUAUAAAUAUUAUAGUUAUCCUUUUACAAUAACAGGCAGAGUAAGAACAAUCGGUGAUACGCUGAUUUAAAACAAAUCUGAACACCACUUAAUUACUGCAGAUGGCUGUCAAUCGUUGAUGUUCUGACGUCAUUCCCCACACAGUUGCACCAUCGACAUGGUUCAUCAUAAAAGCAAACGUUGCCCAUUUAGUUUAUCUCUUUGUUUACAGACAAUCCUUUAUUAAUCCCAAGUAAUUUUGGUGUUGCCCCUUUAAUAGAUGUCAUAGAAUUUGUAUUCUGGGGUGUGUUUAUCCUGUUUGCCAUUGUUGGCAGCUACCACACCCUGCUCUGCAUAAUGCUGGCUCUGUAAUUCUCAACUUGAGCUUUAUAAAGUAUUCUUCCAUCCAUACCAGGCAGUUGGAGACUCAGUUCUUUCAGGCAAGGAAUGUUUGCAAAACAAGGCUUCAGAUGCAUAUCCAAACUCUUUGUCAGCUUGGAAACUAGAAAUGGCUUUAACAAGCUUCUCCAAUAUGUCCCUAGACAAUCUCACGUACUUUCCUUAUUUGGUAAAAGCAACAUCGCCCUUUCUGAGCUUCUACUCCACACCAAAACAAAAAUGUUGUUACAUUGAAUGCUUCUGCUCAAUCUCUCUGGUGAAGACACAUGUACAAAUUCUGUCUGUUGUUCACAUGUAUUGUAGGUGAAACAUUGUAACAUUACAGUGCCAUUUUCAGAUACAAUUAAGAAACGCAAAAAGCAUCGUCCCAGGUCGAACUCUGGAAGGUGAUCAGCUGAAUUUCAAGUGGAUUAAAAUAAGUCAAGAUGAUUAACCUGCAGGUCAAAUAAUCCAGUUUUGCAUCACUUACUGUAUUGUGGUCCAUCCCUUUAAUAUUCAUGUCUUUACUGCCUUGCAUUCCCAUAGGGUUUAAGAUUAGCAAUAAUGUGGUUUAGAAGGAAUGAAGGAAUCACAUUUGUUGCAGCCUUCUUGGAGAAGACAUUCCAAAAAUCAAUCAUACCUUCACAGGACAGCAUCUGACAGGUUGCACCCCCCCAGAAAUAUUAAAUAUGGUUAACUUCUGUUUAUGUCUAAACUUUAUCUGUAAUACCCAAUGGCACUUGUCCAUUUUCCGGUAAUGCUUUAUUUAAUUUUUGUAUACACAAACAAAUACAACUAUAAGAAACACAGACUAUGCAGCUGAUCCCAAUAGGUGUCCAUGAUGAAUGGGUUGCUGGUCAUCUUCAGACAGUGUUGCUUUACCUAAAAAACAAUAAAACAAAACACAUUACCCCCCAUGGCAAUGAGACACUGUACACUACUCAAUUCAUAUCACAACCCUGAUCAAUGCACACAAUAUAAAAGAAAACUUAUGAACAAUAGGUGGCCAUUUGGCCCAUCUAAGAUUGAGCGACCCCUAGUUGCCGACUCAUCUAAAAAUGUUUUUCAAGUUGGGUCUUUAAGGAUCCAAGUGAUUCUCUCUCAACAGCAUGACUAGGUAUCCCAUC